CAGUCGCAGCAGGUCUGUGCAAAGAAAGGUUAACCGACCGAGUCCAAAGAAAAGGGGACUGACUGCUGAUUGAGCUUCAGUUUUAGCUCGUAAUCCUCUGAAUCUUCUCUCUUUUCUCUUCCAGAAUCUGAUCAUAGUUUGCUCAAUUCAAUAACCCAUAUUUCUACUUCAUGGAUCUGCCAUUUUCCGCUCCUUUCCUUCUCAGUUUGCUUUCAUAUCCGUCUAGAGCUACCCUAUUUCUCUGAUUGUAAUUCUUGAUCGAGCAGCGUUUGACAUAGUGAAGAAGAAGAAGAAGAAUAAGAACAAGAAUGAAGGUACCCAGUUGCUCGGUUUGCCAGACAAGAUAUAACGAAGACGAACGCAGCCCUUUACUUCUCCAAUGCGGUCAUGGGUUUUGCAAGGAUUGUCUUUCUAAAAUGUUUUCCGCUUCGCCAGACACUACCUUGUCGUGUCCGCGUUGCCGGCAUGUUUCUAUAGUUGGCAACUCUGUUCAAGCCCUUAGGAAGAACUAUGCGAUACUAGCCCUAAUUCAUUCUUUAUUGAAAACAUCUCAUGUCUUAGACUGCGAUUUAACCGAUGACGAGGAAGAUGGGGAACGGGAUGAUGAUGUGAUAGGACAGAGCAGUCGACAGUCUAAUGGUUCAAGCUCUGGUUGCGAUGGAGGUGGAUCAGUGAUCGAUCUCUCCACUCAUAGUGACUUGAAGCUGAUUAAAAAAAUUGGGGAGGGUACUAGACCUGGUGUGGAGAUGUGGUCUGGAGUUCUGUCUGGAAGGUCCGGUCUUUGCCGCCAUCAAAUGGCGGUGAAGAAAGUGGCAAUUGGGGAAGACGCGGAUAUGGUCUGGAUGCAGACCCAAUUAGAGACUUUACGACGAGCGUCAAUGUGGUGUAGAAAUGUCUGCACAUUCCAUGGGAUUAUGAGUAGGGAAAGUGGUCUUUCUCUUAUCAUGGAUAAAUGUUAUGGUUCCGUCUUGACUGAGAUGAAAAGGAAUGAAGGUCGGCUAACACUUGAGCAAAUUCUGAGAUAUGGGGCAGAUAUAGCUAGAGGGGUUACUGAGCUUCAUGCAGCAGGUAUCGUUUGCAUGAAUUUGAAACCAUCAAAUCUUCUUUUGGAUGCAAAUGGGCAAGCAGUUGUUUCAGAUUAUGGACUUCCAGCCAUUUUCAAAAAACCAAACUGUGGGAAAGCUCAACUUGAGAAUGAUUCCUCGAGAAUCCAUUCAUGUAUGGAAUGUACAAUGUUGAGUGCAAACUAUACAGCUCCAGAAGCAUGGGAGCAGGAGAAGAAAUCAUUGAAACUUUUUUGGGAUGAUGCUAUCGGAAUUUCUACAGAAUCCGAUUCUUGGAGCUUCGGUUGUACAUUGGUUGAGAUGUGCACUGGCUCAAUGCCGUGGAUGGGUUUAAACGAGGAAGAAAUCUACAAAUUUGUUGUGAAGGCAAAGAGACAGCCGCCUCAAUACACUAGUGUUGUGGGAGUUGGAAUACCUAGGGAGAUUUGGAAGAUGAUUGGCGAGUGUUUACAGUUUAAGCCGUCUAAACGACCAACUUUUAAUGCAAUGCUCGCGAUAUUCCUUCGUCAUUUGCAAGAGAUUCCCCGUAGCCCUCCUGCAAGCCCUGAUAAUGAGGUAGCCAAACUCACGACAACUCUCCGACAACUUUCUCCUCUUUCGCACACGGUUGUUUCUCGACAAGAUCCAAACCAUCUUCAUCAGCUUGUAUCAGAGGGUAAUAUAAAUGGAGUCAGAGAAUUUCUAGAAAAGGGUGCAGCAGAAGAUGGAGGUGUCUCGUUUCGUUUGCUUCUAGAAGCUCAAAAUGCAGAUGGCCAGACAGCUCUUCAUCUUGCAUGCAGGCGAGGCAGUGCAGAACUUGUUGAGACGAUUUUGGAGUAUGAUGAAGCAAAUGUGGAUAUAGUUGACAAGGAUGGAGAUCCUCCACUUGUAUUUGCACUUGCGUCUGGCUCACCAGAAUGUGUCCGUGCUCUUAUCAGACGACGUGCUAAUGUCAGGUCUAUGCUGAGAGAUGGAUUUGGACCUUCAGUUGCUCAUGUUUGUGCUUAUCAUGGUCAACCAGAUUGUAUGCGCGAGUUACUUUUAGCUGGAGCUGAUCCUAAUGCGGUUGAUGAUGAAGGUGGAUCUGUAUUACAUAGAGCUGUUUCUAAGAAAUAUACAGAAUGUGCUCUUGUCAUACUGGAAUGUGGAGGCUGUAGAUCAAUGUCCAUCUUGAAUUCGAAACAAUUGACACCUUUGCACUUAUGUGUGGCAACAUGGAACAUCGAUGUUGUGAGAAGGUGGAUUGAGUUAGCAUCCAAGGAUGAGAUCGCUGAAGCAGUUGAUAUACCAAGUCCUAUGGGCAGUGCACUAUGCUUGGCAGCUUCUUUGAAAAAGGAUCACGAGGCUGAGGGGCGAGAGCUGGUGCAAUUAUUGCUUUCUGCUGGAGCAGAUCCUUAUGCUCAGGAUCCUCAGAAUGGUCGAACCGCACUGCAUGCUGCUGUUAUGGCUGGUGAUGCUCUGUUGGUUAAGAUUAUUCUCGAUGCUGGAGUUGAUGUGAACAUUAGGAAUGUGAACAAUAGAAUACCUCUUCAUAUGGCUUUGGCAAGAGGUUCAAGUUCAUGCAUUGGAUUGCUUUUGUCUGCUGGAGCAGAUUGUAAUUUGCAGGAUGAUGAAGGAAACAAUGCUUUCCAUAUAGCAGCUGAAUCUGCACAAAUGAUACGCGAAAAUCUUGGAUGGAUUAUCGUUAUGCUCAAUUACCCAGAUGCUGCUGUUGAAUCUAGGAAUCACAGUGGUAAAACGCUUCAUGAUUUCCUCGAAGCUCUUCCACGUGAAUGGAUUUCUGAAGAUUUAAUGGAAGCUCUGGUGAAUAAAAGCUUUUACUUAUCUCCUACAAUUUAUCAAGUAGGGGAUUGGGUCAAAUUUAAAAGAAGUGUAAUAACCCCAACUUAUGGGUGGCAAGCUGCAAACAACAACAGUAUUGGGUUUGUGCAAAACGUUCCAGAAAAAGACGAACUAUUGGUAUCGUUUUGCACCGGCGAAGCUCGUGUAUUAGCAAAGGAGAUUAUUAAAGUAAUUCCUCUUGACAGAGGGCAGCAUGUAAAACUUAAAACAGACGUCAAUGAGCCCAGGUUCGGUUUACGUGGCCAAUCACGCGAUAGCAUUGGGACAGUUCUAUGUGUUGAUGAUGAUGGGAUUCUUCGUGUUGGAUUUCCGGGAGCAUCGAGAGGUUGGAAGGCUGAUCCUGCAGAAAUGGAAAGGGUUGAAGAAUUUAAGAUCGGGGAUUGGGUACGAAUUCGCCCAACUCUUACUACAGCUAAACACGGAUUGGGUUCUGUAACACCAGGUAGCAUCGGUAUAGUGUAUUGUAUUAGACCCGACAGCAGUCUUCUUCUUGAUUUAAGUUACCUUCCAAAUCCAUGGCAUUGUGAACCGGAGGAGGUUGAGCCAGUUGUCCCAUUUAAAAUAGGCGAACGGGUUUGUGUAAGACGUUCUGUUGCUGAACCGAGGUAUGCUUGGGGCGGUGAAACGCACCAUAGUGUAGGGAAAAUAAGCGAGAUAGAGAGCGACGGUCUCUUAAUACUCGACAUACCAAACCGACCUAUUCCAUGGCAAGCCGAUCCUUCUGACAUGGAGAAAGUCGAUGAUUUUAAGGUGGGUGAUUGGGUGAGAGUAAAAGCUUCUGUGACUUCUCCGAAAUACGGUUGGGAGGAUAUCACGAGGAGCAGCAUUGGGAUAAUUCAUAGUUUGGAAGACGACGGUGACAUGGGCGUUGCGUUUUGCUUUAGAAGCAAGCUUUUUUGUUGCUCAGUUACGGACGUAGAGAAAGUUCCUCCUUUUGAAGCUGGACAGGAAAUUCAUGUCCUGUCGUCGAUUACCCAACCGCGACUAGGUUGGUCAAAUGAAAGUCAUGCCACCGUUGGAAAGAUAUCUAGGAUUGAUAUGGAUGGAGCUCUAAACGCUAAGGUUAUCGGAAGAACUAACUUGUGGAAGGUAUCACCCGGUGAUGUUGAACGGUUAUCCGGAUUCGAAGUUGGUGAUUGGGUGCGAUCCAAACCUUUCAUUGGAAAUAGGCCGAGUUACGAUUGGAACAAUUUCGGAAAAGAAGGUAUAGCGGUUGUACAUAGUGUACAAGACACUGGUUAUGUAGAACUCGCAUGUUGUUUCCGCAAAGGGAAGUGGAUCACUCAUUACACCGACAUUGAAAAGGUCCCGAGCCUUAAAAUAGGUCAACACGUUCGUUUUCGGACAGGAAUGGUCGAGCCAAGGUGGGGAUGGAGGGGAGCCCGCAACGAUUCUCGAGGCAUCAUCACAAGUAUCAACGCCGAUGCAGAAACGAGAGUCGCAUUUCUCGGCCUCCCGGGGCUGUGGAGGGGAGACCCUGCUGACUUCGAGCUAGAUCAAACGUUUGAUGUCGGAGAUUGGGUUAGAAUGAUAAAUGAUGUCGGCAGUUGGAGGUCAGUUGUCCUGGGGAGAAUCGGUGUCGUUCAAGGAAACAUCUACGAGGGAGACGUGUGUGACGGACGUGAUGUACGUGUAGGGUUUUGUGGUGAGCAAGAAUGUUGGAUAGGUCCAUCUCUAUAUCUAGAAAAAGUCGAUAAACUCGCGUUAGGUCAAAAGAUUAGGGUUAGAGUCUCGAUUAAACAACCUAGGUUCGGUUGGUCAUCACAGACCCACGAUAGCCUCGGUACAAUUUGCGCGAUCGAUGCAGAUGGAAAGCUGAGAAUACACACACCCGCAAGCACAAAACCUUGGAUGUUAGAUCCAUCCGAAGUGGAACGAGUCGAGGAAAUAGAAAUAAAAAUCGGUGAUUGGGUUAAGGUUAGCUCCAAGGUGCCCACAUUGACACAUCAAUGGGGAGAUGUUACUCACUCGAGCAUUGGUGUGGUACAUAGGAUAGAAAACGGGGACCUUUGGGUUGCGUUUUGCUUUCUCGAGAGGCUAUGGCUAUGCAAAUCAUUCGAAAUGGAGAGAAUACGUCCUUUUAGAGUCGGAGACAAGGCGAAAAUCAGAGAUGGAUUGGUGAUGCCAAGAUGGGGAUGGGGAAUGGAAACUCACUCGAGCAAAGGUGUAGUUGUGGGAGUUGAUGCUAAUGGAAGGUUAAGGAUUAAAUUUCAAUGGAGAGAAGGGAAACCAUGGAUUGGUGACCCUGCUGAUAUUGCAAUAGACGAGAGCUAGAUUUGAUUCAAGGUCUUUCUUUUUUAUUUACAAGGUAAUUGAUAGGAGUACAUAAUAAGAAUAAUCACAUUAUCAUCAUUUUGUUAUAUUAAUGUAAUGUUUCCAAAUUUUCUUUCUACCAUAUAUUUAAUUUACAUUAGUCUAGAUUCUUUAUUGCUAAUAUAUUUUGUUAUAGUUACUUAAUGUAUACUGUUAUAAAAUUUCUUACUAUAAAUUUAUGG